AUGGCUCCUCACCUCCCCUUGCUCGUGCUCCUGUUCCUCGUCCUGCCCGCGGCCGGCGACGCCGCCGCCGCCACCGUCGCGGCGGCGGCCGCGCCGCGGGCAGGCAGCGCCGCCGCCGCCUUCAACGUCACGGAGAUCCUCGCCCGCUACCCGGAGUUCAAGCUCUUCAACCUGCUCCUCUCCAAGACCCGCGUUGCGCGCGAGAUCAACAGCCGGAACUCCGUCACCGUCCUCGUCCCGGACAACUCCGCGGUGGACUGGCUCCUCCGCCGCAGCAACCGGCUGGCGCGCGCCUCGCUCAUCGAGCUCAUGUCCGUCCACGUCGUGCUCGACUACAUCGACGCGGCGAAGCUGGCGGCGCUGCCCGCGCGGGGCCAGCCCGUCGUGGUCACCACGCUGUUCCAGACCACGGGCACCGCGCGGAACCGCACGGGGUUCCUCAACGUCACCGCCGCGCCCCGCGGCGGCGCCGUCUUCGUCUCGGCCGCGCCGGGCUCGCUGGUGAGCGCCACGCUCAAGAGGGCCGUCACCGCCAGGCCCUACAACAUAUCGGUGCUCCAGAUCAGCAACUUCGUCGUGCCGCCGGGCGUCGUCACCAGGCCGCGGCCGCCGUCGCCGCUCAUGCUGCCGAGGAUGAGGCAGAUGUCGAUCGCGCCGAGCCCCGCGCCGACGACGUCGCCGCGGGUGCCGCCGGCGGCGCUACCGACCUCGGAAGGCGACGCCGGCGAGGCUCCGGACGCUGCUGAAGCGCCGGCGCCGUCGUCGCACGGCCAUGUGGCGCAGCAGGCGACGAGUCGUUGGUGGAUUAGUGCGGCCGUGGGGAUGGCAUUGGCAUGCUCGAUCGGAUACUUGUAGAUUGAUUGCGACGGAUCGGGAAGACAUUGUCCGCAUGAUCGCCUGAUU